AUGACGUGGUAUUGCUUACGGUUUGCAGAGUACACGGGUCGCCCAGCUGGUCCAAUGAUAGUCCUCAACAUGGAAUAUGGCAAAGACUUUUCCGGAGCAGGGUUAGCAUUACUUUUGUUGUUCCUUCAUUCAUUUACUCGAGUAGACAUCACAGAGGUAAUUUCUGUAGAACAAAACAGACUUCCAUGAGAUAUUAUCCCCAUGCUGUAGUCUUAGAAACCGGUGACCCUAACUAGUAAGUUUACUUUGGCAGAAAAAAAGAUACUUAAAAAUGUUAUCUAUAAACAGAGAUGGCCCAGCCUCUUAAAAUUAAUAAAAUCACACUCCAUAUUCCAUCACGACAAGCACAUAGUUAGCAAGCUAAUCUUCAAAACAACCAAGCACUAUUAAGUUUCGUACAUUGAAUGAGUCACUGCUGUCACACCACUCCACCUUACUUUCAUACACUGAAACGUGUGUUUGACUUACCUUAAUCAAAGACUUAACUCGUGAACUCUCUGACGACCGCUUUGGUCGUAUUCGUUUCAUGUUUAACGAAGCUCGCUUUGCUUUCUGAACCCAUUUAGCUUCCAUUUUUUGCACGUGCGCAUUAGCCAAAAUUUGAACUAUUUUUGGUCUUUUAUGAGCAAGUCAGAAUUUCCAAAAUGAGGUAUCUGUCCAAAGAUCCAUCCUUGCUGAUGCUGCUGCAAAAUAUCAGUGUCCUUAUUAGUGUUGCCAACUUAUUUUAAGCCAUUUAUGCUAACGCCGAAAACUAGUCAAGAAAAGAGGAGUUGUUGAAAAUGCGGUUUUUCGCCAACUCCCUGGUAUACUACGAGUAGUCCCCCAUUUUCCCUCAGGAAUAGUAGAGCGAGCGAAACGCGAGCGGGCGUGAAAAUCACCCCACGCGAGAAAAGGCAACACGCGGCGGGGAGAGCCGCGUGUCGUCUUUUCUCGCGUGGGGUGAUUCUCACGCGCGCUCGCGUUUCGCUCGCUCUAAUAUCCUUGAGGAAAAAUGGGGGACUACUCGUAGUCUAACUCCCUGGGGGUCGCCAAAGGUUUAAGCUUGAUCGAUCACUUGGAAGUUUGGCAUGUCCAACACUGGAUUAAGAAAUACGUUUUGCAGAUCAUCCUCCGCAUAUAACAUGUUAAAGUUCCCGAAUUGUUUAGUGACCCCACCCCAUCCUAAACUAUCGUUAAUCGCUAAAAAGUUUAGGCAGGACUUGGUUUCGAAGCUUAUGUUACAGUAUGGCAUUAUUUUAUUACUGUUUGCAGAAAGGACACUUUUCGCCCAGAUCGGGCUACAGGAGAGCCGUCUGAUGCGCAUAAUUCUAACUUUUUGCAUCCUGUGUUUUACUUCUACAAGCACCCACCCACAGGUAACUAUACGGUAUUUCAUUGAUAAAGCGCCCUGGUGCUUUUUAAAAUUUCAUUUUAAGGGCAGGCGCUUUAUUCGCAAAUGCUGGGUACGCUAGGUGAAUUUUUUCUUUAACAAACUGAAACUUUAUUUUGGCUAAAUCUCGUUAUGAAAAAGAAUUUCAAAAGAUUCACAGUAAAACGUUUAAGCGUCCAGUCACCACAACUAAAACCUGUUACCACAGGAAAAUGAGAAGGGCGGAAAAAUAUAUUAAAGACAUUUAGCAACACGCCUUUCCCUUUUACCGCGGACGUGAAACCCCUGUUCGAUGUCUGGCGUUUGCUGUUUGAGGUUCGAUCCACUCUCCACUCAACGUUACGUCAAGUUAUUGGGAAUUUAGCUUCUAUCUGAGUAAAAAACGUCCCUUAUCGAAGAAUACCUUACACAGUCAAAGACAAAAUGAGCAAGUAAAAUAAUACUUAAUGUUACAGGCUUCUUUCCGAUGCAAAAGCAGCUGAAAAACCCACCGAAAGCAAAAUACUGCAUCAAAACGUGUUUUCUUGAGGCGGUCGACAUAUUAGGGCCAUUUAUACGAGGAAAAAUACGGCGCGUCUUAAAUAAGACGCGAACUGGACCAUUUAUACGAGCAUGUCGUAUCUAAAUCUUCUGUACACUUAAACUAAUUUAACUUACUUUUGAAUUGUAAGUUUAUAAUACGAAGAUAGCAAUUUGAUUAGUAAAUAUAAAUUGUGAUAGUUUAGAGUUAAAAGGGUCUACUUACACCAGCAGAUGUCACGCAUUUGUCCAUGAGGUCUGUUAUGGCCUUCUCCUUACAUAAUAACAACAAAUCUUUUUCCUCCGCGAUGGACCAAGUGUUUCUUUUUACCUUUAACGGCGUGCUUAUUGUAUUUGAGCGAAGAAAAAAAAUAAAGCAGAAUAGACAAGGAAACUAAAACGCGUUGUAAUUUGUAAACAUUUUUUCCCCGCCAGUGGCCUGCCAGUCCACCGCGGGGCAAGCGAUAAUUUUCCCGCCAAAAAUUAACGCAUGCGUACUAUGCGUUCGCGUCUUAUGAAAGACGCGAAGGCUCGCGAAGGUCAUUUAUACGAAGUUUUUCUCGUCUUAGCUAAUAAGACGCGUCUUAUCUAAGAACACGUGUUAAGGGCUGUUCUAAAAUAAGACGCGUCUUAGCUAAGUCGCGUCUAAUUUUAGACGAAAUAUGCCGUUUAUAUACCCUGAAAUCCAUCCGAUUGCUUCGAGUCGUUUUCUCCUCUCAACAACGUCUGAAUCGACCGGCCGUUAAUGCCGUCCAGUGACGUCACUCAUUACCCGAAAACCGGUUGGUGAUUUUGAUUGGUUGAUUGUCUAAAAGGAGAUGUAGAGAAUCAACCAUAAGAGGACACAAAAAAAUCUGAGCCCCAGAUGGGAUUCGAACCCACGACCCUCCGUGUUCUAGAUCGGAUGCUCUAACCUCUGAGCUACUGAGGACUCGAUGGCGAGUAAGGGUCAUUUUUGUGGGUUGGACUUUCGAACCGCAUCUCGCAGUCACACAGUCCAUCACAAGCAACACAUUAAGGCUUAACUGUAUCACACAGUCACAUUAAUAGUAAGAAAUGUCUCACCCAUGAAGGAGCCUCCAACCAACCAACCUAUGCCAGUGAUGUUAAUAUUAUAAAGGAAAUAAAGGGAGAUGUAAAGAAUCAACCAUAAGAGGACACAGAAAAAAUCUGAGCGAUGGAAUUUUAUAAUAUUAAUAUCAGUGGCAUAGGUUGGUUGGUUGGAGGCUCCUUCAUGGGUGAGACAUUUCUUACUAUUAAUGUGACUGUGUGAGUCGGUGGGAGUGCCCUCAUUUUUGACGUCAUUUCCUCGUUAAAGUCAAAUUUCUUCCAAAUUUGGUCAUCAGUAACUGGUUAUGGUGAAUUAAACGUGUGCUUUUAGCCAAUCAGAGUCGGAGAAAUAUUUUGAAUGAAUAAUAAAGACAUUUAGCAACACGCCUUUCCCUUUUACGGCGGACGUGAAACCCCUGUUUGAUGUCUGGCGUUUGCUGUUUGAGGUUUGAUCCACUCUCCACUCAACGUUACGUCAAGUUAUUGGGAAUUUAGCUUCUAUCUGAGUAAAAAACGUCCCUUAUCGAAGAAUACCUUACACAGUCAAAGACAAAAUGAGCAAGGAAAAUCAUACUUAAUGUUAUAGGCUUCUUUCCGAUGCAAAAGCAGCAGAAAACCCCCCCCGAAAGCAAAAUACUGCAUCAAAACGUGUUUUCUUGAGGCGGUCGACAUAUUAGGGCCAUUUAUACGAAGAAAAAUAAGGCGCGUCUUAAAUAAGACGCGAACUGGACCAUUUAUACGAGCAUGUCUUAUCUAAAUCUUCUGUACACUUAAACUUGUAAGUUUAUAAUACGAAGAUAGCAAUUUGAUUAGUAAAUAUAAAUUGUGAUAGUUUAGAGUUAAAAGGGUCAACCUACACCAGCAGAUGUCACGCAUUUGUCCAUGAGGUCUGUUAUCGCCUUCUCCUUACAUAAUAACAAAAAAUCUCUUUCCUCCGCGAUGGACCAAGUGUUUCUUUUUACCUUUAACGGCGUGCUCAUUGUAUUUGAGUGAAGAAAAAGAUAAAGCAGAAUAGACAAGGAAACGAAAUCGCGUUGUAAACAAUUUUUCCCCGCCAGUGGCCUGCCAGUCUACCGCAGGGCAAGCGAUAAUUUUUCCCGCCAAAAAUUAACGAAAGCGUAAUAUGCGCUCGCGUCGUAUGAAAGACGCGAAAGCUCGCGAAGGUCAUUUAUACGAAGUUUUUCUCGUCUUAGCUAAGACGAGUCUUAUCUAAGAACAGGUGUUCAGGGCUGUUCUAAGAUAAGACGCGUCUUAUUUUAGACGAAAUGUGCCGUUUAUACACCCUGAAAUUCAUCCGAUUGCUUCGGGUCGUUUUCUCCUCUCAACAACGUCUGAAUCGACCGGCCGUUACUGCCGUCCAGUGACGUCACUCACUACCCGAAAACCGGGUAGUGAUUUUGAUUGGUUGAUUGUCUAAAAGAAGAUAUAAAGAAUCAACCAUAAGAGGGCACAGAAAAAAUCUGAGCCCCAGAUGGGAUUCGAACCCACGACCCUCCGUGUUCUAGAUCGGAUGCUCUAAAACCUCUGAGCUACUGAGGACAUCGUUAGCGAGCAAGGGUCAUUUUUUGUGGGUUGGACUUUCGAACCGCAUCUCGCAGUCACACAGUCCAUCACAAGCAACACAUUAAGGCUUAACUGUAUCACACAGUCACAUUAAUAGCAAGAAAUGUCUCACCCAUGAAGGAGCCUCCAACCAACGAACCUAUGCCAGUGAUAUUAAUAUUAUAAAGGAAAUAAAGGGAGAUGUAAAGAAUCAACCAUAAGAGGACACAGAAAAAAUCUGAGCCCCAGGUGGGAUUUUAUAAUAUUAAUAUCAGUGGCAUAGGUUGGUUGGUUGGAGGCUCCUUCAUGGGUGAGACAUUUCUUACUAUUAAUGUGACUGUGUGAGUCGGUGGGAGUGCCCUUUUCCUCGGGUUGAGGGUAGGGCGUUUAUUUGGGGAAAUAUGUUAGAGACCCUGUCAAAGAACUCCAGUUUACUUUUUUGAGUUUUGUGGAGACCACACUUGAUCGCUUGAUUAAGAGGGAAGUUUUUCUUUUCCUGCAGCUUUACCUAAGGAAAGAAAGGGCAUUGUGCUUCCCAGACCACAUCGCCUUCACCACAUGGUCGAAGACUUCUUAACACUGUGGUAAGCUAAACUUAAAAGUAGGUUUACAUGAAAAGAAAAACAGUACGGUCUUUAGGACUAAAAACUUCAUUUGGUCUUUACUUUAAAUGAUAAUAUCUUUUUGAAGGUUGGUUAGUCAUCGAAAAAAAGCCCAGAAAUGUGAAAUCGUUUCCCUGUGUGGUUUGGUUAUCGAAAAGUAUUGGUACUGGAAUUUCUUUCAUCGAUUUUCAGAGUAUCCUAUGAAAGCCGUUGUUUUCUUUCCUACAGUAUAUCGCAAAUGAGGAAGAUGUUUCUGUAGUUCUCCCUCGCCUCGUUCGCUUAGAUUGCGCAAGUCUUUACACGGAGCUUAUUUCUCGACCCAUCGACAGCCUCUUUCAUCAAAGCAAUGUGUAGCUGCAAGAUAUUUUCUAAAUGUAAAUCUAAAUCUAAAUAUCGUUUUGUCGGCAACAUCCACGAGGGACGUCACGCCAACUCUAAAACACUAAAAAAUAGAAGAUGACAAGAAAAGCUAAAACUACGAAUAAAAACUAAAAUGAACUGCUAAUUAAAGAUAGCCGAAUGUUGUACUUUUAAAAAUAGAGAGAAAUUGACUGGUAACAGUUUUUUCCGAAAGUUUGUUCCAUUCAGUCAUUGUCGUGGGAAAUAAAGAAAAUCUAAAAAUAUCCUUGUGUCCUUUCAGUACAAUAAACUUAAAAUCGUGGCUUCCUCGUGUUCUCCUUUCUCUAUUGGGAAUCAAAUAGUCCUCCCAUUUCCCAACUAGGAAACCAUAGUACAUCUUAUACUUCUCAAACUCAUUAAUAAUUCAUUAAGAAAAUACAAAGGAAAUUAAUGUUUAAUGAGUGUUUGGAAAUCGGAUGAAACACUGCUUAGUAUUUGCAUCCUUAAUUUCUCCUUCAAAAAUGAUUUUGUUUGAGAAGAAAUAUCAAACAUUCGACACAGUGUUUCAUCACCAGAUGAAACACCUCGAAGUUCGUCAAAAAUACUCCGCUGCGCGUCGUAUUUUCAACUCUCUUCUCGGUGUUUCAUCUGGUGAUGAAACACUGCAUCUCAUGUUUGAUAUAUUACAUAACAGACAGCCUUGCGUGUCUUCUAAUUGCUUCAAGUGUGUCCCACUUUAAAUCUUGCCGCAUUCCCGUCACGCUCGCUGUUCAAUCGUAAUUUCCCGUGAUAAAGCGAGCCGUUUUUCGUUGUUCCCUUUCUAGAGCGGUUUUAUCUUUCUGGUAGUGCGGGUCCCAUGCACUACAGGCAUACUGGAGCCAUAAGCCAAUAAUAAUAAUUCCAUCUGGGCCAUAAGCUUUGUCUGCUAUUCCACUCUGGGGCACAGGUUAUGAUAGUUAUUGUUCCAAUAAAAUAUUGCUUUAUGGAGUUGUCGAGAAAAUCAGAAAGACAAUUUUCUGUUUCCACCAUAAAAAUAGAAAUUAAAGAGCUGAGAAAGCCAGCUGCUGGAAGAACGUAGCAUUGGUCUCAUCAGCAUUAGCAAAUUCUGGGGUAGCGAUCAUUUGAGGGUCAGGGUGGUGUUCUGUUAAAUAAAGACCCUAUUUCUAACGUUUUUCAAGGGGCCAUAGAUACUAAGUUGAAUUUUUGUUACAGGACUGCUCCAUCUUCACACCUCCUUCCAUUGCGACGCUUUAUUGAGAAUGUUGUUGGCAGUGAUCUCCGAAGCUUUUUUGCGUCAUCCUGCUUCAAGGUAAAUUGAUUGAGUUUACUAAGUGAUACUUAAACAAGACAAAAAGUUGUACUUUUUUAAAGGACACUGGCGCCUAGGCCUAUUUCCCUUUCGUAAACGAUAGUUGCCAUUCUUAACGGUCGAUGCAAAUGAUACGUUUUUGAAUAGCCCAAGUUGAAUUUACGUUGAAAGUUAUGGAAAGGGCUAGGAUCUCUCUCCUGUUGUUGAUGUAUCAGUUAAGAAAGACAGUUCAGUUCUAGUGUAGUGGUAAGGGAGAAAGAUUAGGAUACGAAAGGUUCCGGUUGGAAGUCCGGGUUCGACCCUGGGUUUCGAUCUUCUUUCUUUUUAAUAGAAACACCCUCAAUAACAGGUCAAAAAUUUUCUAAGUGUCUUAAAAAUGCGACCGUUUACGCAAGGAAAAUUUGCGCCGUUAAGAUUAAAUGCUACUUGAAAACCCAAAGGAAAAUUUUUUCAUACAAUGCACGUAACUCAGGCCUUGGCUACUUCAUAUUACACACAAUUAUUUGUAAUAGAUGCACAACGUGAAGUCAUAUUACUUCACCUUUGACAUAAUUGCUACCGUUUAGGUGAGAAUUAGGGCUAGGGGACACUUGGUGAAGUUUCUCAUAGAGGGCCUGAAUCUCAUUAGCGUGCAUUCGGUCCCUGAGGUGUUAGUAGUUAUAGUUUGCUUUAAAAGAAACAAUGCGAUCAUUCUGUCAACAUAAUUUUUUUACAUAAUUUGUUGUUGUUCAAUUUGAGUAUUUUGCGUCAACUGAUAAAGGCGUAUAUUUCUUCAUCACACUUUAAGUUUUGAAACAGAGAUCUAACUACCGUCACGAGGUUAAUUAUUAUUUUCUCUUUCCAGAUAAUGAUGACGCACAAAACUGCACCAGUUAAUUGCCACAAUCAUUACACUGAUGGU